AUGGCGCAGCGCCGCCUCACAGACUUCUUCGCGCGCCGCCGCAGCGGGCCCCCGGCCGUUCCCCCCGCAGCGUCUCCCCCUUCUGCAGGGUCUCCGGGGGUGCUGGGAGCCUGCGGGGUCUCCUGCCCUCCAGGACCUUCAUCGCUGCGCAAGAUCAAGGAGGCCCCGCUCCCCGCUGCCCCCAGACCCCGGCGGGUGACCCAGGGGCACGAGGUCCUAGGAAAGGAUGCCCACUCUGAGCUCCAGGCGUGCCUGCAGCGGGCACGCGAGCUGGGCGCCCGGGUCCAGGUGCUGAAGGCCCGUGCCAAGGAGGAUGCUCAGGGGUCCCACCCGUCAGAGCCACAGGAGUGUCCAGAGGAGCCUUGCAAGGACAAGGCCCCUGCCUACCAGCGCUUCCACGCUCUCGCCCAGCCUGGCAUCCCAGGCCUGGCACUUCCUUACAAGUACCAGCUGCUGGCCGAGAUGUUCCGCAGCAUGGACACCAUCGUGAGCAUGCUGCACAACCGCACGGAGACAGUGACCUUCGCCAAAGUCAAGCAGGGUGUCCAGGACAUGAUGCGCAGGCGUUUUGAGGAGCGAAAUGUGGGCCAGAUCAAAACCGUGUACCCCACUUCCUACCGCUUCCGCCAGGAGCGCAAUAUACCAACUUUUAAGGAUGGUGUCAAGAAGUCAGACUACCAGCUCACCAUCGAGCCGCUGCUGGGCCAGGAGGCUGGCAGGGUGGCCCCCCAGCUCACAGCGUCUCAGCUCCUGCAGCGUCGGCAGGUCUUCAACCAGAACCUGGUGGCGAGGGUCAAGGAACAUCACAAGGCCUUCCUAGCCACCCUGAACCCCCCCAUGGAGGUGCCCGAGGACCAGCUGACCCGUUGGCACCCAUGCUUCAAUGUGGAUGAAGUGCCUGACAUUGAGCCGGCAGAGCUUCCGCAGCCGCCCCAGACAGAGAAGCUGACCACUGCCCAGGAAGUGCUGGCCCGAGCUCGAAACCUGGUGUCCCCCAGGAUGGAAAAGGCUUUGAGUGACCUGGCCUUGCGCACGGCCAGUCCCAGUAGUCCCGAGACCCCUUGCCCGGCCCCACUUGCCACCCCGCCCACCACUCCACCCACCGUCUCCAGUGCCCUGAAGGGAGUGUCGCAGGCCCUGCUGGAGCGGGUCCGGGCCAAGGAGGCGCAGAAGCAGCUGGCACAGAUGACGAGGCGCCCGGAGCAGGAGCAGCGGCUGCAGCGGCUCGAGCGCCUGCCGGAGCUGGCACGCGUGCUGCGUGGCGUGUUUGUGUCUGAGCGGAAGCCGGCGCUCACCAUGGAGGUGGCCUGUGCCAGGAUGGUGGGCAGCUACCGUGCCCCCAUGAGCCUUGGGGACAUGGAACGGCACUUGCAGCUGCUGGCCGAGCUGCUGCCCGACUGGCUCAGCCUGCACCGCGUGCGCACCGACACCUACUUAAAGCUGGACAAGGCCGCGGACCUCGCAGACCUCACUGCACGCCUGGCCCGCCUGGCCCGUGCUGAGGGCCUGUGA